AUGGAGGUUGAGCCGGCCCAAGGGGAGCAGCCGCGACAAAAGAUCUUGUCUCUGUUUUUUGCAAAGAGGGCCGAGCCUGAAAAACUGCAGAAGCUCGUGGUCACCUUGCAGUUCGCGGCAAAGAAUGCUCGUCCGCUGUCCACUCUGGACAAUCAACCUCCUCUUGCUCCGAUCCUGGAUGAAUGUGUCAGGGAGAUCCGGCUAGCCGUCGACUUCCCCUUGCCGCCGGACGAGGGGGAGAGGGAAGCUCCAGCCCUGAGCCUGCUGGAUCAGGAGAUCGCAAAGAUCGCUGAGAAGACUGCUGCCGGUGACCCGGACGUCGUGCAGCACUCGCUGGUUUUUCUGCGGCAUCCGAUCGCUCUGACAUUCGUCAAGGUCGUUCCUACUGCCAAGCACCACUGUCAGGGCUACGAGUAUUUGGUCUGCAUGGCAGACGUUUGGCGGAUUCUGGACAUGUCCGUGAGCUACUAUGCAUGGUUCGGAAAGAACCUACACAAAGGCCUUUUCUCGGAGGCUUCGCAGCGAUGGGAAAUUUCCAUGCGCCACUUGGUAAGAACAGACACAUACAAGGGCGAGCAUGAAUCAGUUUACAUGCUGCCUGGUGUCAAACACGAUUGUUCUAGCUCGCUGGGUUUGCUGCUCGUGUUCGCUAUGUUGACUGUCAUUCGUGGCCUUAGCCUCGAGACACAGAAGAACAUCAUUGGAUUCUUGCGAAAGAUUUUCUCCCUGGUCAAGAUGGAUUGCUUGGCCCUCCUGCCGGACUGCAGCUUGCAGGUUCAGGAGGGAUGUGUCAGCAUCAAAAAGUUCUUCAAGAAGUUCGGAGCAGAUGCUACGCGAAUCUUGAACAAAAGGUGGGAAAGUGCCUUGGCACUGGGUCACUCCAGAUCCAACUACCGGGGCAAAGUCGCAAUUGCUGAUGUUUGGUUCUUCAUGUUUAGGCUGCAGCCAGAGGAAGCAUUGCAGUGCAUCCCGAUUGAGCGGGUGCAGAAGCGGCUCCUCCACAUCCUCGCACAGGCAGUCGAGAGGAGCUGUGCAGAUGGUUCCAUCAAGCUCCACACAAGCCCUGGACUCUCCGAGGAUAUGGACGGCCAAUCUCCGUAUUCCAGCGGCAAUGCGAGCCGCACGGCCAACCUUGUUCGAGAACAGCUCUUGACUCGAUUUCUUGCACGUGGCAGCGGAUUUAUAACAGGCAUGCAGAACAAAGAUAACAAGGACAUCGUGCCGGAUAAACUUCCAGGCACGAAAUCCCGCAACCUUCAAGGGGUCGCAGCGGAUCAAUUUGUGACGGCAUAUUUUGCAAGCUCUGCAACUCUCCUGUUGGAGCGGCUUCAGAAACAGGUCUUCCGACACUUGACAUGGUACGAAGAUGCAUCGUCCGUGGCCACUCACAAUGUCCUGACCAUCCACUGCUCUUGUGAUGGCUUGAUUAUCACUUGUCCUCUGAGCUUGCUGCCGGCACUGAAGACCACCAAAGAGACGACGAUCCAAGAAAACUUGGAGACAGUCGAGGCCCUGGGAGAUGUGGCCUCUCAGAAUCCAAAGAGCCUUCGAAAAAAUCUCUGUAAGGACGAAAAAGUGUCCACCAGACAGAAGAUGUUGGCCUUGAACCACUCGCUGCACCAGCUCGUUCGGUUCCGGUUGUCGGACGCUCUUCCGGCUCGGAAGCUCAGGCCAGUCAAGGAGGGCGAGACCCGGCAUUAUGUUCAGAAAGACGGGCUCAAGCGAGCUUAUCUUUGGCAUGCUCAGACAAAAGCUGCAACAUGGCAAUCGACGGAUCAUGUGGGGUUCGACAGCUGCCUUCGGCUCAGCUGCUUGCAAGACGAAGGCGACACAAGCAUGGCCGUUCAGAUGGCCAAUCACGGCCUCUCCAUCAUGAUCCAUAGAGAUUCCAUGCAUAAGCUCCACCGCGAAGAAUGUUUGGCCGCUCAAGACGUUCCCGAGGUCGCUCUCUCCAAGAAGCAGGUGCUCCUGAUCAUGAAGUACGACAAGGCUCCGUGGAAGACCUCGGCCUUCGGCCGACGGUUGCGGGAGGCGAGGGAGCUUGUGGAGGCGAUCCCGUGCACGCACCGGCUGGUGCAAAUGGUCGCUCCCGGCAUUCUCCACGAUUUGGGGAUGGACCCGGCCUCUCCUCUCGAGGCAGUGAAGGACGUUCUCGUCAAGUACGCCAAGGGUCAUCUGGGCACAGGGUCAGACCAUAGUUCCGGGAGAUGGGCCGAUUAUGUGGAUUCCUUCGGGCGGCUCCGCAAAGAGUGGCGCUUGCGGCUCUUUUUCAUGCUCUAUGCGGACGUUCUGGAAGGCAAGAAUCCGCUGCACUGCCUGGCCGCUCGCACGGACGAUGACAAGGCUCUUGGCCCUCAGGUCAUCAAGGUCUUGCUUCGGCCUCUCUCUUUCGCCUACGGCAAGUCUGCUUUCCACGUCUUGCGGCCGUUCCGCACGUUCCAAGCAACAGAGGUGCAGGUCGAGAAGACACCCGAGGGGGCCGCUCGCAUGAAACGGUACAUCGCUCUGGAGUGGCCCAACUUGGUCUUGUCUAUCAUGCAAUCCGCCUUGGACCGCCAUCAUCUCGAAGACAUCGUGUGGAACGUGGAUCCCGAGGACGUUCCUUCAUUGCUGAAUGUGCAUUUCAAGCACACCGUGGCCACUCUGAGGCGGCUGGCAGAGUUCGGGCUCCUCUACGGGUCGUUCCCAUGGCGGUUCUUUCUGGUGUGCGACAGCGAUGAUCACGUGGCAGCCCGGACGCUCAUGGAGAUGAAGGACGAGUGGACGUUCCUGCUCCGCCAGGAAGAGGCCGCUCCGAAUGCUCAUGGAUCCUUUCCAGUGUCGCAGGUCAUCUGGUUGCGGUGGCGAGUCUACCGGGAAGUCAUGACCUUUGCGGAGGAAAGGGACUUCCGCCUGUGCGAGGAGGUCCGGCAGCUCAUCAAGGCCUACCAGGCCUCUCCGAGCUCCACGCUGGGAUGCGAAGACGCCUUUCGGUCGCUCCGGAAGGCCGAAAGGAAGAAGGGCGGAGGAGAGGCCGCUCCAUCGCAGCUGCAGGCUCAAGCCGUGAAGGCUUGCAGCGAGAGGUUCGGUGGAGACGGCGGGUUCCAGGUGGCCGAGGUCGCUCCUUCGCAGAUCCACUCGAUCCCGGUGAAGCAGACUGUGAAGGCCAGUGUCUACACGGCCGCUCGGAGCACAGGACCUGAGACUGGACUCUCUUUCUUUUCGGGCAUGGUACGUGAGGCGACUGUCAGCCCUUAUUUCCUCACACGGAAAUGCAUCAACCUCUGGAACAUGUUCAAGCGGAAGGAAGGAGAUCUGUCAGACGCAUGGCUUGCAGAGUUGUCCAGACCCGGGCAGGUGCUGAACGCCGGCCGCGACUACUGGUUGGUCGUGGACGCUCCCUACGUUCUCUUGAGAGUGUGGCCCCUCAAAGUGCACGAGGAGUCCUUCGACGGCGGUCGCGAGAUGGUGGCGGUCGUUCCCACAAACGAAUGCUAUUUGCAGGACGUUUCUCCACCGAAGUUGGAGGAUUCCAACGUUUGUGGGGCCGUUCCAGUGCUGCAGGGCGGCAAGAUGGUUCUGAGGCUGGGGACCCCGACGCCUUUGAUGAACCAUGCCCUGCAAAACUAUGCUUCCCGCCUGUCGUUCAAUUGCCUGAGGCAGCUCUGCAGCUUCUGCAAUGUUCGGCCGAAGUCUACGAAGAAGAGCUGUGCCGAGGCCGUUCUGGCCCACCUGGCUUAUACCAAGGAACAGAUGGACGAGAUCUUGCGGACGUUCAAGUCCAAAGGCAAGGAGGAGGAGGCCGAGGACGAAGAGGAUGCGGUGCAAGAAGGCGAACCGGUUUUGGGUGUGGACACAGUCUGCGAAGCCAAGAUCUUGAGCAAACUCUUGCAGAAGCUGGAAGAGACGGAAGCUCAGGAGACGCCGAACAAGUCCGGAAUGCCGGAGAAGGCCGCUCAGGAAGCAGCAGGACACGGACCGUCCGAGCAGGAGCCCGCUGAGCCCGCUCCGGCCGAAACAAAGCGGCCCUCCCCUGCGACUGCGAGCGGCGGAGUCGUUCCUUGGACGGAGGCCGAUCGUGGUGUUCACGAUAGGCCCGAUGUCGCCAAGGAGAAGAUUCCGGACAGGUGCAGGCUCGCCAUGCACACACCUGACAACGCCUCGCCUUUCAUACAGGGACAUCUCCCCGCUGAUGAGACUUGGAGGGGCCGUUCCAGCACCUCCCGUGCAUUCCGGCCACUCAGCAGUGAGCAAACAGUGCAAGGUCGUGCAACCAGAACAUACGACUCAGCUUUGGCGGAAGUUCUCGAGUUUCUGUGGUCCUGGCACGAGGCCAAGACUCAUUCCUCGGCGGAUUUGGCCGCUUCUAGUACUGCGGUUGAUCAUCCAAAGGGCGACGGGGUCCCGGAUCCCUCUCCCGCUUCCGAAGCGCCUCGCAAGAAACGCAAGGUUUCAUAG